CAGCGACUGCUUGCUUGACCUUAUAUAGCACACAUCCUUCUUUGUUUGUGUAUCCUUUACCUGUGAAACAGAGUAUGCCACAAUGUCUGGAGAAGCUGAGGAGAAUUGUUACAGUGGAGCCGGCAAUAUUCUUUUACAUGACCAGCACCUUCAUCAUGCUGCCGGCUUAUCAGCGCCUGGUCAUGGACAAGGUUUGCCUAGAACUAUACAAGGACUCGUCCAUAUGCAGUGACUCUGAGCAGAGAGAGACUGAGGAAGUUGAGUCACGGUCCUCCUAUAUCCUGCUCCUCUACACAGCCAUGACCAGUUUGGUAUCUAUCCCCCCAGCCAUAAUUUUGGGUUCCUGGUCUGACCAGGCUGGCCGCAGGUCAGUAAUGCUCCUACCUUUCAUACUCUCACUGCUGAGUGGUGGAGUGCUGUUGGCUAUGGUAUUGGUGCAGAACCUGAGUGUCUACUGGUGCCUGCUGGCAGCUGCCUUCAUUGGCUUAACCGGUGGCCAUGUUUCCAUCUUCCUCAGCUCUUUCAGCUUCCUAGCUGAUAUUACCAUGGAAUCUAGCUCUAGCCGUACUUUGCGCAUGGCCAUAGCCGAGUCUAUGAUCUUUGUGGGGGGAAUGGUGGGCUUUCUCCUGGGUGGCUUCCUGACACAGGAGUUCGGUCUGGUGGCAGCUUUCGGAGCCUACACUGCAUGCCAUGUUUUAGCCAUACUCUAUAUCCUGCUGUGGCUCCGAGACCCCAAACCAAUCAACAGCACUUUAAGCAUCCUUUCUACGGAAAAUGAUGGGCAGGAGUCUGGAGCGGUUAUUCUAAAGUAUGCCAGGAUGUCCUUUAGGGCAGUGUUCAAGAGAAGGCCAGGUCAGGAUAGACUGAAACUGCACCUUCUCAUCCUAUGCACCUUCAUAAAUAACCUGGUAGCUAUUGGGGAUAAUUCUGUCUUACUGCUCUAUUUGAUGUAUGAGCCCAGAGAGUUCACAACUGCAAUGUUUGGAGUGUUUAACUCUGCCAAAAUGUUCUUGUUGGGUGCUGGCCUCUUGGGCCUGUUCCCUUUGCUGCUGCAUUGCCUUAAGGAAAUGACAUUGGCAAAACUCAGUGUUGUGUUUAGGGCUGCCUCAUAUGUCCUGCUGGCUUUUUCCACCAACACAUGGAUGGUCUACUUGGUGGCUGUAGUAGGCAUGCCAGGUGGGAUCACACAAGCAGUGAUUCGAUCAUUGUCCUCUGCUAUUGUGGGACCUGAUGAACAAGGUGCCAUGUUUUCCUUCUCAGCUUCAGUGGAGGCCACUUGUAUCCUCAUUGCUGCCAUCAUAUUCAACGGCCUGUACCCUCUGACCCUGCCUACGUUCCCGGGCAUGCCCUUCAUCAUCAUGGCUACUUUUUGCAUCAUUGUCUUCAUCCUUAUGCAGUGGAUAAGUGAAAUGCCAACCACUCAGCCUCGCCUGAUGCUGCAAGACUGAGAAUAUCUCUCACUGUCAUCCUGUACAGACUGCUAUUUGAUGAUUUACUGAAGAUCCAUUAAAAACGAUAGCAAGUUUUACUUCCCACAGGGCCUUUAAUUGACUCAAAACAUCGCUAAUUAGUACAUGUAAUGUGGAUGUACAAUAUAGAAGCCACAGUAUAUAUUUUAGAUAUAAGUUUUUAUAUUAGUCAUCUCUCAUACUUCUAAUGAAACUGUAUUGAAACCACACGAGAAUUUUCCUACUCAGUCACAUAUAUAAUUAGCCUAGACUGAAUUCCACUAAAGGGGCAGCACAAAAAAUAACAGAACAUGCCAGCAUGGUUCAAAUGUUACUAAUGUAGAGAAAACUGUGAAAAGUACUCAUAGGAAGUCGUUUGGAGCGGUGUGAUUUGAUUGAGUGUAUAAAGAGCGUAAGCCAUAAUAACAACCAUAAUGAAAUAAGAACACUGAAAGGUCAAUGGCAUACCGAGGAGAGGUAAUUGAGAAUUGCAGCUUUAAACUGUUCUCCCUGAUAAGCCAUUCCACAGCUUGAGCAAAGGGACCAUCCUCAAUAUUCUCUUUCACCUCUAGUAUGGAGGCCUGGAAUUGGUCUCCAAUUAGGGAGAUUGUAUUUAAUCAUGGGCCAAGCUAUUUUGAAAUCGUUGCCCCGUUAAUUGGGCUGCAGGCAUGUUCUGUUAGUGUGUCCAUUGGCACCAGAAACGACUGGCAUUGUGAUAUAUGCUGGCAAAUAAAAAAACAAAUGCUCAGUGUUUAAACUAUGUUGAGGCAGAUAUCGGAGAUAAAAGCUCCUUGAAUAAAGUAAUUAACAUUGUUAGACCCUGUUUAGGUGUGGGUGAUUAAAAGAUUUUAUCUGACCUAUUAUCUGAAAACAUUUAUCAAGACCAUAUCAUGAUCAUGGUCAAACAAUCCCAAAAAAGUAAUUUAGUUUGGGAUUGUAUUUGAAUCUACUUAUUAUCCUCUCUAUUUUCAGUAGAUUGUGUGCAGUUAAUGCUAGGACAAUCAGACCAGGGAACAUGAGCGUAUUAUAAAGCCCAUCACAGUAGAUGAUUAAAGCAAGGAAGAAGUCUAGAUAGUGUAAUACACAUGUAUGUAAUAUUGUUCCUUUAGAUAUUAGUGAGGUGAUGAACCUAGAUGUAGUUAAGCAAUUGAUGUAGGAGAUGACUUUCCUUGAGCAGGUAAAGGCUCUGAAUUUAUGAAUUUGUAAAUGAGAGAGAUUCAGUUGUAGCUCUAAAAUACUGUGCACUUUGUGAAUCCCUGGGAAAAAUCUGCUGUUGUACUGCUUGAAUUGUCAAAAAAAAAAAUGUGUGCGACAUACUGAUUGGAGUGUACUUUGUUGAUGACAUAGACAACUACUAAAUUAGUUUGAUAAUGAAGGUCCAUUAAUGUGCCCAAAGAAGGACAAGUGAUGAUGACAGCUCUCACAGGAUCAAAUACUCAUCAGACUCAAACUGCAGAGAUGUGUAAAUGUGUAAAAAUGUUAGUCUUUUGGGGAGAACUCUAAUGCAGGAUGGGAGGAUGUUGCGGUGUGGUAUCUUGGUGUUAGAAAUGAUAGCUUAAUGUAACCAACCUUGAUAUGAGAAAAGGAAGCUUGGACGGGUGUUCAGUAGAGGACCAUGAAAAGAUGAUAGAAAGGAUGGUGGUGAAAGGCAUUGGAAGGAGGUUGAGGAAAGGGUUUUGAGGAGAGUUUUGUCGGGCUCAGUCCCAGAGGUAAGGGUGUGUGAUGAGGAAGAGAAGAAAAAUAACUGAGUGGUCAGGACAGUAGGAAAGAUCAUAUUUUAGUGUGAGAACAUUGACCAGGGUGGACAGGGAUUUGGGCAACCAACUGACACUAGACAGAAGUGGACAUGCCAGAGUGAAUUCAUCUGAGAAGUUUAAAAUUGACAUGAAGCAGCUUGAGUAAAGAGCAAAGUAAAUUCCAAAGUUAUAGUUGCUGCAGAUCAGCAGACAUUUUGUGGCUGUCAUGGGGUGAGGUGAUUAAAGGACUCAUAACUAAAGAAAAAGCAGGUGCAGUAUGAUAGUGGCUGGAAUAUAUAGCAUGUUUGAAAAUAUCACAUAAUUUAUUUUUAAGUAUUUUAACAAUAUGGAAUGUCGGCUUCUUGAUACAACAGUGUUUAUUUUCCAGUGAGUAAGGAUAACAGUGACAAGAAAGAAUUCCUCUGGAUUUGGAAGUAGGAAGCCAUCAAAGAUAUCAUUGUAUUAGAUAUGUGAGGUGAGAAGACAAGUUGUUGUUAGAUCAACAAUCACCAGUCUAUCAGGGAAAACUGAACAGGACUGACAGAGUAGAAUCAGUGUGGGCCUCAGGAUUAUAGGAGGACUGACAGGAAAGGGAUUGGAAUGAAUAAUGACAGGAGGUGAAGAGAGCUUGGGAAAAAGGGUUGAAGUGAGUAAGGGAUAAAAAAAUGGAGGGGUGAGGACGUAUAAGAACAAAAUAAAUGCUCUUUGAGUGCAAGUAAUGAUGAUUCCCCUGUUCAGUGGACAUGGAGGAAGAAGCAGACAAACCACCAGUGCUGCAGAGGAUGUAGAAGGCAGUUGCUGAGUCCUUGGAGGUGGGGACGUCAAUGAGUGUUUUCAGAAGGAUCAAGGCUAGUACAGGUGUCAAGUAGCAGAUUCUGCUGAGACCAAACUGGAUAGAGAAGCUUGGAAUGUCAAAACAUGGAUCAGCAAGAAUAAUUAGCAAGAGGAAUCAGGAGACUAGUGGCAGCUCCGGAAAGACUUGUCAACCAAUGCCAUGAUUUCAUGUUCCAUAAUGAAAUAAUUAAAUUGUACUUUAGUUUUAGUCUACUACUAUAGUGUAGAUAGUACAUACAUUUUGCCUUAGCCAGCAGAAGGGAUGUUUCUCCCAAACUAGUUAUUUUGUAAAUACAUUUUGUGUUACAGGAGACUGCUCUCCUGCCCUUGGUGCCUAGGGGCAGAUGAUGCUGACAUCUUUCAUAAUGAGAAAUGUAAGCAGCUACUAAUGGCCCUGCAUACAAACCCUCCAAAACAUAUAUCUGUUUGUUAGCAUAGAAAAAUCAUUAUUUUUCCAUAGACUCUCUCCUUAUUACUACCAUGAUCAAUACACACCAGCAUGGAAGAAUGAGUAUUGGGCUCGUUGCUCAGCUGCAUGGAGGUUUAUUGUAUCAAAAUGGACCAAUAAAAAUAGAGUUGUGUAAUAAGAACCACAGAGUUUCCCAAACCAAGCACAUUCUUUCAGCACUUAUAGCUCCAUGAACUGGUGCACAAUGCAUUACCUGGUGUUUCAGGGGUUUAUUUUGUUGAUGUUAUAUAGAGUUUAUCACUAGAAGACUUCAAAAGAAUUUCAAAUAGGUAGGAUGCUGAGCAGGUUGAGGGUUAAGCUCAUGGACCCAAAUGUGUCAAAACUGGGAUUUGAACAGUCCCAAGCAGGAAACCCAAAGCUUUAACUACAAAACCACCACAUCCACAUUUCACAGCAAAGAUACUGAAUAUAAUAAAAUGUCCUUUAGUAUAAGAGCAAGCUCUUUAAGCAUCAGCAAGUGUUUUUGGUUUCCAAAUUAUAACAGGAUUUAUUAAUAAUUC